AUGGACGACAGCCACAGAAGAUUCUUGCAAGCGCUAAUGCGCUGUGGCAUUGUUGAUGAACGAAGUGCCAAGCAACUCUUUCAGAGAUGUUGUACUGUACAUAACACUUUCUACUCGAUUCCUACCCCGCCGCGGUUUGAAGACUUUAUUGAGACAAUCAACUCUAAUUUGCCCAUCUUCAUGAAAAUUCGAAAAGGAAUGUGUGAAGACAGUGGUCUGCAACACUAUGCUUUGGUGAACAUGGUUGAAACGGAGGUCACCAGAAUGGCUUCCGACUACACUGUCCAUGAACUGGAGGUUUUCCGGAAAGUAAUGGACCUGGUCGUGCAGUCGGAAACUGGCCGCGCCUACUCCACCGACAUUCUUAAUUUCACCUCCACCCUCACCAAAAGAACAAAGACGAGUGAAACAGAAAAGCUGCUCAAUCGAUUUGUGCGUGACAACUGGCUCAUUGAGAAAAGGGGUGAAUACUGCCUAUCCACUAGGAGCAUCAUUGAGAUGGCCCAAUACAUUCGCACUAUGUAUCAGGACCAGGUCAAAGAGUGUUGCAUCUGUCACAACAUUGUGUUCCAGGGCCAAAUUUGUGAGAACCCAACAUGUGGCAUAAAAAUACACCUUCCUUGCGUGGCCAGAUUCUUCCGAGGAAAGGCUGAGCCUCGGUGUCCUGCUUGUAAUGACAUUUGGCCUCAUGGAAUACCUGGUAUCUGCCGCAAGCUGGGUGACAUGCGCAGUGCGGUCACAAAUCACCACGGUAACCAUCUUUCACAGCGAGCAUCAGUGGCGUGCGAUCACAUCUACUUGGUCACAGCGCAGAGACAUCCGCAGUAA